UAAACGUUUCCCUAUCAGCUUAAUUUAAUUUAUUUACGGUUGGAAACUCUUGGUAACUGGUACUUUUUCGUUUCACGAAAGUGCAGUUCAAAUAAAAAUGGGGUGUGUAGUUAAUAUAGUGAAGUAUAUUUUGCUUGCCGUUAAUACGUUAUACUCUAUAUUGGGUAUUGGAGUAAUAGCGAUUGGUGCACUGUUACUGGCGUACCAGUCUGAAAUUGAGAUAUUGAUCGCGUACAAAUAUUCCCUGGAUGUUUAUCGCGGUGUAUCGAUUGUGGUCAUCGUCUGCGGAUGCUUUUUGUUUUUUGUAGCCCUUUUUGGUUGCUGUGGAGUUAUAGCAGAAAAUCCACGUCUUCUUUUAGGGUUCGCGUUAUUUAUGACAAUAUUACUGGCCGCUAAGAUUUAUGUGGUUGUAAAAAUAUGUAGCCCAACGUUCAAAGAAUCAGUCGUAGGUAAACUGGAUAAUGCAUUGGCACGUGAUCCCAAAGCACAAAUUCAUUUAAUUGAAAGUGGGUUUAAAUGUUGCGGGACCAUGGGUGCGGAAUCAUAUGAAAAACUGAAUAUAACAAUACUGCCAACAACUUGCUGCCCUACUGAAACGCAAUUCUUAAGAACCCGACCAAGACCAUGUUUCAAAGAAAACGCCUACAAUGGAUGCCUAAAAAUUUUUAAUGCCCUCUUCUAUGCUGUUUUGACAUUUAUAAUCAUCGAGGCUGUCGGCGUGAUUUUCGCUUGGUGCCUGAUCUGCGACCUAAAUGCAGGGAGAGAACAAAAAUAAUUAUUGACAUCCGUAGACUAUUGAUAUUAUAAUAAUUGAUAAUAAUAAAUUGAUAACCCGCUUGGGACCAACAUUUGAUUAAAAAAUGAUAGCAUUAAAUUUCUAUUAUAAU